CAAGGCAGUUUUUCACUCCUCUACUGAGCUCCGGUUUUCUUUCCCACUCAAGGCCACGGAAAACAAUCAGUGAAGACUGAGCGUCAAUCAGGCUCCGGAAUGGCUGCUAUUCACUUGGAAACCUCAUAGUUUUCCUUGCUUUGUUUCCCCUCCUGACCUCUGUCAAGUCCCCAGGCCCAGUAAAGUCCUGAGCCCAGCGACAGCGUCAGGGGAACCGAAAAACCGCGGAACCAGAGGCAAAAGGAGCGGUGGGGGCGGCGGGAGCCGGAGUGGAGGGACCGGCAGGCCUAGCUCCCAGGCUGCGGCGGCGCAGGCGGCGGCUGGGGGAAUGGAGCCCUUGCGGGUCCUUGAGCUGUACAGCGGCAUUGGUGGCAUGCACCACGCACUGAGAGCAUUGGAAUGCUGUUACAGAGAUGAAUCAGAGUACAUACUCAAAUAUUCUACUUCAUGCCUGGUUCCUCCUUUCCUAGUUUUCCAUUGAGGUCUGAAAUCUGGCUAACUAAUUGAAAAGCUGUAUACCUGCACAAGUGGUGGCUGCCGUUGAUGUAAACACAGUUGCUAAUGAAGUAUACAAGUAUAAUUUUCCUCAUACACAGUUACUGGCAAAGACAAUUGAAGGAAAAAAAUGAGUACUGCCUCAAGAUGCGUGUCACUUAUUGUCUUGUAUAUGUGUUAUUGACCUUGACUACAAUGGAGACAGCUGACAAUUCCCAAGUUAACUCUUCAAAGAACUCAGUGUAAAGAUUAUCCUGCUUCAUCCAUGUACUUGAACUUCUCAGAAGGCAUUACACUGGAAGAGUUUGACAAAUUAUCUUUCAAUAUGAUUUUAAUGAGCCCCCCAUGUCAGCCAUUCACAAGAAUUGGCUUACAGGGUGAUAUGACUGAUCCAAGGACAAAUAGCUUCUUAUACAUUCUAGAUAUUCUCCCAAGAUUACAAAAAUUACCAAAGUAUAUUCUUUUAGAAAAUGUUAAAGGUUUUGAAAUGUCUUCUACCAGAGACAUGUUGAUACAAACAAUAGAAAAUUGUGGCUUUCAGUACCAAGAAUUUCUGUUAUCUCCAACCUCUCUUGGUAUUCCAAAUUCAAGGCUAAGGUAUUUCCUUAUUGCAAAGCUUCAGUCAGAGCCAUUACCUUUUCAAGCUCCUGGUCAGGUACUGAUGGAGUUUCCCAAAACUGAGUAUGAGUAUCCACAAAAAUGUGCAGUGGACGCAGAAAAUAAAAUUAAAAUAAAGGAAACAGAACCCAAUAUUUGCUUUGAUAGCAGUAUGGAAUGUUCUGGAAAAGAUGCCAUCCUUUUUAAACUUGAAACUGUAGAAGAAAUUAAAAGAAAACAUCAACAGGACAGUGAUCUCUCUGUGCAAAUGUUAAAAGAUUUUCUUGAAGAUGAUAUUGACAUCAGUCAGUACAUUUUACCCCCGAAGUCAUUGCUGCGAUAUGCUCUUUUAUUAGAUAUUGUUAAGCCCACUUGCAGAAGGUCCACAUGCUUUACCAAAGGUUAUGGAAGCUACAUAGAAGGGACAGGAUCUGUGUUACAGACGGCAGAGGAUGUGCAGAUUGAGAGUAUCUACAAAUCCCUUGGCAAUUUGCCACAAGAAGAAAAGAUAACAAAGUUGUCAAUGCUUAAACUGCGAUAUUUUACUCCUAAAGAAAUAGCAAAUCUCCUUGGAUUUCCUCCAGAGUUUGGAUUUCCUGAGAAGAUAACAGUGAAACAGUGUUACCGUCUACUUGGAAAUAGUCUCAAUGUGCAUGUAGUAGCUAAGCUGAUCAAAAUCCUUUGUGAAUAAUUUUGAAAUAACUCUGGAAAAGGAUCAUGAUAUUCUUUCAUGCCCAGAUUAUAAUUCUUAAAUUCUAUUUUGAUGUAAUUUUGAUUAAAUUUAACUAAAUUAUUUUAAUCUUUCUUUA